GGCGGGCGCUGGGCGGCGGCGGCCCCGCCAGACAAUUAAAGGGGCCGGGAGCGCGGCGCCCCGCUCCGCCGCCUUUGUCCCUCCUCCCGCCCGGCGGCGGCGGCGGCGGCUCGGGCGGCAGCGGCGGCAGCGGCCCCAUGCACCGGCCCCCGCCGCCCAGCCGCCGCCGAGCCCCGCGCCAUGCCCGAGCCGCCGCUGGCAGCGCAGGACGGCGACCGGCCCCGGCGGGCCGCGGCCGGGGAGGAGCGCACGGAACCGGCGGCCCCCGCCGGCGUCCUGGAUAAGCUCUUCGGGAAGCGGCUGCUCCAAGCCGGGCGCUACAUCAUGUCCCACAAGGCCUGGAUGAAGACGGUACCCACAGAGAACUGCGACGUGCUCAUGACCUUCCCGGACACCACUGACGAUCACACGCUGCUCUGGCUCCUGAACCACAUCCGCCUCGGCAUCCCCGAGCUCAUCGUCCAGGUCCGGCACCACAAGCACACCCAUGUCUACGCCUUCUUUGUCACCGCCACCUACGAGAGUUUGCUGCGUGGGGCUGACGAGAUAGGGCUGCGAAAGCCAGUGAAAGCUGAGUUUGGCGGAGGCAUGCGGAGCUUCUCCUGCGAGGAGGAUUACAUCUAUGAGAACAUCGAGAAUGAGCUUUACUUCUUCACCUCUCAGGAACGGCAAAACAUCAUCAGGUACUGGCUGGAGAACCUGCGUGCCAAGCAGGGCGAGUCGCUGCACAACAUCCACUUCCUCGAGGGGCAGCCCAUCAUCCCAGAGCUGGCAGCCCGCGGCGUCAUCCAGCAGGUCUUCCCGCUGCACGAGCAGAGGAUCCUCAAGCGGCUCAUGAAGUCCUGGGUGCAGGCAGUCUGCGAGGCUCAGCCACUCGAUGAGAUCUGUGACUACUUCGGGGUGAAAAUCGCCAUGUACUUCGCCUGGCUGGGCUUUUACACCUCGGCCAUGGUGUACCCCGCUGUCUUUGGCUCCAUCCUCUACACCUUCACUGAGAGUGACCAGACCAGCCAGGACAUCUGCUGUGUGGUCUUUGCCAUCUUCAACGUCAUCUGGGCCACCCUCUUCCUCGAGGAGUGGAAGCGCCGUGGGGCCGAGUUCGCCUACAAGUGGGGGACACUGGACACCCCAGCCGAGUCCAUCGAGGAGCCCCGGCCCCAGUUCAGGGGCAUUAAGAGAAUCAGCCCCGUGACCAGCGCAGAGGAGUUUUACUACCCACCAUGGAAGCGCCUGCUCUUCCAGUGCCUAGUCAGCCUCCCCGUCUGCCUCACCUGCCUCUCCUUCGUCUUCCUCCUCAUGCUGGGCUGCUUCCAGCUCCAGGAGUUUGUGCUGAGCAUCCAGGAGCUGCCCCGGAUCAUCCGUUUCCUCCCCAAAAUCAUCCUGGCUGUCAUCGUCACUGCCUGCGACGAGGUUUACAAGAAGAUUGCAUACUGGCUGAACGACAUGGAGAACUACCGCCUGCAGAGUGCCUACGAGAAACACCUCAUCAUCAAAAUCGUCCUGUUUCAGUUUGUAAAUUCAUACCUGAGUCUUUUCUACAUCGGUUUCUACCUCAAAGACAUGGAGCGGCUGAAGGAGAUGCUGGCCACACUGCUCAUCACCCGCCAGUUCCUGCAGAACGUCAGGGAGGUGUCACAGCCCCACCUGUACCGCCGGCUGCGCCGGGGGGACCUCAGCCUCCGCAGCCUCCGCCAGCUCGCCCACACUGUCCUCUGCCUGCUCACCCCCCGCUGCCGCCCCCCAGCCCCCCCUGAGGGGUCUCGGGGGGAGAAGAAGUGUCUGAACGGGGGCUGUGGGGUGCCGGAGGAAGAGGAGGAGGAGGAAGAGCGGCGUGAGUCGGACUCGGAGGAGGAGAGCGCCCUGGAUUGCGGGUUGAAGCUGAAGAAGGUGAGCUUCAUCGAGAAGGCAGAGCGGCGCGGUGGGGAGCCCGGCGGCCCCGAGGAUGAGAGCUUCCUGGAGGAGGGCAGCCCCACCAUGGUGGAGAAGGGCAUGGACCCUGCGUCUGUCUUCGAGCUCUGUGAGGAUGAGGAUGAGGCCGAAGGUCCCCCUGGCAGCCCGGUCAAGGCGGCAGAGCCGGCAGUGGUCCCACGGGCUGGCCGGAGGAGGCGGGGGGCUGAGAGUCGGGAGGAGGAGGAGGGAGAGGAGGAAGGGCGGAAGCGCAACCGGGCGUCGUGGAUCGACCCACCAGAGGAAGACUACUCCACGCAGCUGACACAGGCAGAGGUGGAGAGCUGCAUGAAGAAGUACGAGGACACCUUCCAGGACUACCAGGAGAUGUUCAUCCAGUUUGGCUACGUGGUGCUCUUCUCCUCUGCCUUCCCCCUGGCUGCCAUGUGCGCCCUAGUGAACAACAUCAUUGAGAUCCGGAGCGACGCCUUCAAGCUGUGCACGGGGCUCCAGCGGCCCUUCGGCCAGCGCGUCGAGAGCAUCGGGCAGUGGCAGAAGGUGAUGGAGGCCAUGGGCGUCCUGGCUAUUGUAGUCAACUGCUACCUGAUCGCCCAGUGCGGGCAGCUCCAGCGCCUCUUCCCCUGGCUCAGCCCCGAGGGAGCCAUCAUCUCCGUGGUGGUGCUGGAGCAUUUCGCCUUGUUCCUGAAGUACAUCAUCCAAGUGGCCAUCCCCGACAUCCCUGCCUGGGUAGCUGAGGAGAUGGCCAAGCUGGAGUACCAGCGCCGCGAGGCCUUCAAGAAGCACGAGCGGCAGGCGCAGCACCACUUCCAGCAGCAGCAGCGGCGCAAGCGGGAGGAGGAGGAGCGGCAGCGGCACGCUGAGUACCAGGCUCGCAAGGAACGCGAGUCCAGCCGCGACGAUGCCAAGCCCGAGGCUGCCGGGCAGGACCCGGCCCACGAGAAGAGCCAGAGCAAGGGGAAGGGCUCCGGGGGCAGCUCGCAUGGCUCCGACAAGCCCAAGCGACCCAGCUCCCUCCUGGCCACCAACAACGUGAUGAAGCUGAAGCAGAUCAUCCCUUUGCAGGGCAAGUUCCUCUCCGGGGGGGCCGGGGCCAGCAGCACAGCCACUGCCAGGUCCCCCCAGUCACCCACUGGCAGCGAGAACAAACUCCCCGGCUUCCUCAGCUUCAAGUUCCUGAAAUCCCCUGAGACUAAGCGGGACGCAGGGACCGAGAAGGUCCAGUCGCCCACCAAGCCAUUCAAUCCCAGCAAGCUCUUCAACUUCGGCAAGUCCGAAGGGGCUGGGGGCAACGGUGCUGUGGCCACUGCCUCCCCCCAGCCCCGGCCCGGCCCCUCGGCAGACACGGGUGAGCGGCUGGUCCCCAGCAAGUCCCAUCUCAACGGGGUGCCGGAAGAGGGGAGCCGAGAGGAGCCAGAUAGCCGGGCAGAGGACGAGAGCGGGAGCUAUAAACUCUAACCGGACCUCCCGGGGCUGCCCGUGCCCCCCUCCAGGCAGCCGUGGACAUCGUCCCCCCCUCGCCGCCCCUCGCUGUCCCCUGCUGCAGGGAACGCAGGGCUGGUGCCAGUGCUGGCCCCUCGCUCUGCACCAUCCCCCUCUGCCGCGUCCCCUUGCAUCCCUCCAGCCCCUCUGCUGGGAUCUGCUGCCACCCCAGCCCCAGCGGGGGUCCGGCCGCAUCCUGCACCAAGGACCUGAGCGAAGCGCCAUCGGUGCGAGCAGCAGCAGGGUCUGGCCGCAGCUUUGGAUGGAGCAUCCCAAGAGGUUUCCCUCCUGCGGCUCUUCCCAUGCUCACCGGUGGGAGAUGCCCCGGUCUGGUUCUGUGCCAUGAGCCUGGGGUCCCGGCCACCAGCAUCACCCCAAGGAGUCAGCAAAGGGAGAUGCCAUGGUCCGGCCCAAGGAGACACAGGGGAGCGUGGUGCUGCCAUAUCCCCCAGGACCAGCCCGCCAGACUCAGCACCACGUCUCCCAUCGCGGAGCGAUGCAACCACAGUGCUCGUGGGAGCGGCGGCGAGAGGAGCUCCACUCACCCGUGCCUACAGUCCCCGCCGCGCAGCCACCGCCCGGUGUCCCGCCAGCACUGGCGCCUUGCCCUGCUCUGUCCUGCUCCUGGCAGCCUCCGCGUGGAUUCCUUCCCAGCACCGGGACGUUUUCCUGCCCGAAGCCCGGAUGGCCGGGAGGGAGGGGGGUGAGCAGCGAGCGCCAGCCACCUGGAUUCCCAUGCAUGGGCAGCAUUUCUUGCACUAAAACCAAAACAAAACCCAACGCGAGCGACUCUCUCCCCUUCUUCAUCCGACGGCUUGAGGCAGCAGAGGCGAGAGCUGGCACCAGUGCCACGGUCAGCAGAGCCUGGCCAGGUGUGGGCAGCGGCCCCAGCGACUGCAACGCGAGCUGGGAUGGUCCCUUCCCCUCUCCACUUUCUUAUUUUGUGGAAUUAUUUUGCAAUAAGGCACUCGCACGUGGAGGUCAUGCUGGAGCCCAGGAGAAGGA